AUAUGUAUUAGGUAGACUUUGGUUAAAUAUUGUUAAGAUCUUGUUUACAUUUGGAGAGGAAAUAUUUUGGGCUUUUUUACAUGGUGAUAAAUGUGAAGAUUCUGAUUUUAUAGCGCGUUAUUAUCGAAGAUGGGGUUCUCGACCAGCCUUCAGAGCAAGGCAGCUCAUGAAGCUCUGUUGUCUCGCCAGGAGGCAGAGCUCAGGCUACUGAUGUCCAUGCGUGGCUGCCUUGUGAGCAAGGUGAAGUGCGACAGAAAGUACGCUGAUGCUCUCGCUGCUGUGGUGUCUCAGGGCCGCAAGCUUGAUAAGUCUGAAGAUUUAGCUGGCAGCUCUGUGCUUCAAACUUGGAGAACUAUGUUAGAAGAAUUAGAAAACACAGCAAGACUAAUAAAACAAAAUGCAGAUACAAUGGAAAGCAAGACUUUAGAAAAGCUAAAUUCACUGUAUGCAGAAAAACGCAAAGCGAUGAAGUUUUACCAAGAAGAAUAUAAUAGGAUUGCAGCACAGUUUGCUCAUCUUGUCGAUGAUGUGUCUAGAAAAAAAACUGAAUAUCAAAAGUAUCUAGACUCUUACAAACAAACUCGUGCAAAGUUCGAAGAACAGUACGUAAUCAAAUUGGGGCGUGGCAGCAGGCAGCUGGACGAGGUCCGUGAUCGCGUCCAGAAGGCGUGCAGGAAGCUGCACCUUACACACAACGAGUACGUGCUGCUCCUGAACGAGGCUGCCCAGUUCGAGAUGGACUUCAGGACGGUGCUACUGCCCGGUCUCCUAGAGUUCCAGCAAGCAGCACAGGAGGCCUUCAUCCUGACCUGGCGUGCCCUGCUCCAGGAAGUUGCCCAGCUCUCCAACUUCUCCAGCGAGCAGUUUCGUGAAAUGCAAGAGCGUUUGAAUGCAAGUGUCGACAGCAUCCAGCCAACACAAGAAUACCUUGACUUCAUUGACAGGCACAAAACUAGACCACCAAGCCCAGUGCUGUUUCCAUUCGACGACACGUUAGUAGAAGACACAUCUGGGAAGUUGACACCAAACCAGUUGACAGUAGAUAACUUGACAGUAGAUUGGCUGCGAAACAAGCUAGCUGAACUUGAACAAAGCAUUCGUGUCACUCAAGAAAGACAGGAGCUCAUUGUGCAAAAUGACUUCAUGAAAACACGGAAAACAUCAAAUGACUCACUAGCAAGACUGACAACCACAGACAGCAUAAACAAGGAGGUGAAUGAACUGAGGUGCCUUGAACGCAAGCUGCAGCAUCAGAUUGAUGUGAUAAACUGUGCACUGAAGGACGUGGGCUGUGAAGAGUUGCCCCUAGGCUGUGAUCUGUCCAUCGAGACAUCGUUCGUGGACCCUCAAGAGCCGUCAGUGCAGAUGCCAGCGCAGCAGGGUGAUUGGUCAAGCUUGACAGUGAGAAAACACCAACAACGUUUAGUAAAUAUUCUUCGUAAACCAUUCCGCAGAAAAUCAACAUCUUCGCCUUUGCUUGCAAAUUGUGAUAGGGUAGGUUUGGGGAAAGAGGGGCUGAACAACGCUCAAGAGGAGCAGCAAGGCAGCGACGACUGCUUCGACAAAUUAAUGCUGUGUCCUGAACAGUCGCUGGUGGAUGAGGAGUGGUUUCACGGAGUCCUGCCGCGAGAGGAAGUAGUGCGGCUGCUAAGGCGAGAGGGAGACUUCCUGGUGCGAGAGACAACACGCAAUGAAGAGAGCCAGACAGUGCUGUCCGUGUGCUGGGGAGGACACAAGCACUUCAUAGUGCAGACCACACCAGAGGGACAGUACAGAUUUGAGGGCCCAGCUUUCUCCACGGUUCAAGAGCUCAUCCAUUAUCAGUACAAGAGCAAUCUGCCUGUCACCGGCAGGUCUGGAGCUGUCUUGCGCAAACCCAUCUUGCGUGAGCGCUGGGAACUCAACAAUGACGACGUUGUGCUUCUGGAUAAAAUUGGCAGGGGGAACUUCGGAGAUGUGUUCAAGGCGCGACUGAAGAACAGCAGGCAGGAUGUGGCGGUGAAGACGUGUCGGAUGACUCUCCCGGACGAUCACAGGAAGAAGUUCCUGCAAGAGGGCCGCAUUCUCAAGCAGUACGACCAUCCCAACAUUGUGAAGCUGAUAGGCAUCUGCGUCCAGAAGCAGCCGGUCAUGAUAGUGAUGGAGCUGGUUCCCGGAGGAUCUCUGCUCACGUUCCUGCGCAACAACAGCAAGACACUGACGCAGAAGCAGUUGUUGGGGAUGUGCCGAGACACGGCCGCUGGCAUGAGGUAUCUCGAGUCCAAGAACUGUAUCCAUAGGGACUUGGCAGCUCGCAACUGCCUUGUGGGUCAUGAAAACAUAGUAAAAAUCUCUGAUUUUGGGAUGUCUCGUGAAGAGGAGGAGUACAUAGUGUCUGAGGGCAUGAAGCAGAUUCCCAUCAAGUGGACAGCACCAGAGGCGCUCAACUUCGGCAAAUACACUUCUUUGUGUGAUGUGUGGAGCUAUGGAGUUCUAACAUGGGAAAUAUUUUCGAAAGGCAGUGUGCCAUACAGCGGUUUGAGCAACAGCAAGGCUCGUGAGCGGAUAGAUGAAGGAUACCGCAUGCCGGCACCGGAGGGUACACCUGACGAGAUGUACCGCCUCAUGCUGAGCUGCUGGGACUAUGAGCCGGAAAAGCGGCCCCACUUCGAGCACAUAUACCUUGUACUCGACGCAUUGUUUUGUGCCCAGAGAUAGCUGCAGUCUCUCAGCGAGUGUGCUCCACCACCUCCACGCAUGGCAUGCAUGAACAUCACUGUUUUUAGCCGCACCUCGAAACCUUUCUUCAACCAAUUCUUCUUACUGUUAUCAUUCUGAAAAUUUAUUUUACUGAUAAUUUUUGUAGAAUGUCAGUCACACAAAUUUAUUUUAUGUUAUUUUGCCUCUUUUGAGGAUAGUUUAAUUUUUUGUUGCAUAUUUUAUUAGUCUUUUCAUAAGAAUGCUUAUUAAAUAUUAAGUAUUUGAUAUUUUGUUCAGUAUUUUUUAUGUAUUUUAUUUUUGUUACUUUUACAUACUUUAAAAGAAUUAAAAUUAAUGUUUUGCAACAAAUAUGCGAAUAUUGGAAGAAACGACUUCAUGUGACUUUAGUAACACUCAGCGCAUGACAUUCAUUACACAUAGCUCGAGCUCACACAAACUGAGGAGGUUUACUGCUGGCUGAACACACUUGACUCUGCAGACCUGGUCAACUACCUAGAUUAAAUAUUAUUGUCUGGUGAAUAAUGAAUCACUGUUCUGUUGAGUGCAGCAUGCUGACUCUAAGCAGGAUCAUGUGAGUAGUAUAUGUAUGUAGCUAGGAGAAAUGGCCCCUGUUAAUUUUGUCGGUGCCCAUAAUCUUCAAUGACUUAAAAGUCCACUUCAUUGUCACAAAUGUUGUAUAGACCUACAAAUGUUCAUGUUUGUACUGCCAAACUAAACAAAAUUCCUUCAAACUAUUCAAAAUUUCCCUAUUUCUAGGAAAAAUUCCUUGUUUUUAGUAAAAAUGGUUUUAUUUUUAAAACAUGUUUUGGAAUCUUCAUAAAAUCUGGAGAAGCUAUUUUUCUCUUAGAGGAGCUAUCUUUCCUCAGAGGACAUUUUUCUCAAUGAAGGUUCAUUUUAAUUUAAAGGUAAAAUUUUCUUUUUACAGGGGUCUGUAUGUAGUCUUAAAAGACUCCAUCUGAGUGCAUGGGCUGACCAUAGCUGCUAUCCUGUAUCCACAGUAUUGGAAUUAUAACUUUUUAAUGUAAAAAAAAUGUUUAAAAUUACCUUUAGUUCAUCAACUUUGGAGUACUUGGUUUGAAACCUACCACAGCAUAUACAGACCAAGGUAUACUUUGGUGUAUUUAGGAGUCAUUAUGAUUUGCAUUAGAUUUUACACUAGAUUUAAUAAUAGCAUAUGAGACAAGUUCUCUGUACCAUGCGAGCCUUCCGAUACAAUUUUCAAUAAUUUUGCACAUACAUUUGGGCAAUAUUAGGCAUGUAUUAUGCAUUAUUUCGGAACACUUUGGUUUUAAGCAUAUGGGCCUUGAUGCUUUCUACAGAGCCGUGCACAGACUAUAUGCAUGAAUACCAAAAGUCUAUGAAAUCACAAAGAUAAUAAAUAACUAUACUUGCUUAGCACUUCCAAAAACAAUACAAGCAUAUUAAUUAAGUGUUAAAACCAAAAGGUGUGCUAAAUGGAGUUACCUGAAAUACUUUAUGAUUAAUGUAUAAGACUUAUUACAAGCACAUAUGCCAAUAUAUGUGUAUUAUACAAAUAACACCGCGUACAAUAAUAUGUCUAAAUACCAAUCAUAGUAUGAGUCUUGCAAUGGUUUUACCUGACGUAUACACGUACUUUAGAGCCAAUAGUCUCUGAAACAUGGUACUUUCAACACCAAGCUACAAACUUGGUGAGACAAGCAGGAAUUUGAAUACUCACAUGGUAGCUUCAUGUAGGCAUUUGAUCCCACACAUGGCUCCACGGGGCUAUACAUAUGGCUAUGUAUUCUGCUACACGUAGCUACUCAUUGCUACACACAUGUCUACACAUAGCUACACCUAGCUACUAUAAUUGCUGGAUACAUAGAUUCACAUGGCAUACACAGCUGCAUGUGGCUACACAUGGCUACAGUAGGUUAUUUUUUAUAAUUAUCAUCUUUACUUAGACUCUUUAUAUCAUAUUAUAUCCCAGCACAAUUAAAUUAUCUACGGAUAUAACAUAAAUGAAAAGUACACUUUCACUUAGAGAGUUACAACAUGUGAGCAAAUUUGGAUACUAACACAUUGAUGUGGAAUUUGACACAAACUUAACAAAUAUCAAACUCAUUGUCACUUAAAGAAUGUAUCAUUUAAAGAAUGUAUCAAACACAAUUCGAUGCACACUCCCCAACAUCCGAAGUAGGUGUGUAUGGCCGGUAUGGGGACACUGGGUUGCGGGUGGGGAUUCAGGGAUUCUCGGCCGAUAUUUUGGAUACUUCAACCUUUAUGAUUAUUGUAGAUGACCUUAACCUUGACCUCUUGCAGCCAACAAAUUAAUACGCUCCUCAACGUUGAGCUUUCCUUUAUAGCCAUCACCACGGAGCACCAUGCUCAUGACCUUCAUCUUGUAUGGCCUUGACCUACUCAAAUUUAUUUUUAUAAUUACUUUCAGAGUGGACAACAUGCGACUGCCCUACUGGCCAGGUGGAGCGAAAUUGAAAGUGCGUAAACACUUCUUGCUCCCCUCCCCCUCCCCCAUUUCACUUGCCAACGAAAGAGAGAGUUUUGUUUACGCUCGCCUCAUCGCAUGUAUUUCCGUUGAGCACAGACAGCGACAGCCAUAAGCUGGCCCUCUCACUAUGGUAAUGAAUGGGUCAGACCCAGCAACAAGAAUUAAUAAAAGCCCUCUCUGCACAGGUCUCGUAAAACCCAUGCUAAAACACUUAUUUCCAUUAUAAAUAAGUCUAUCAUUAAAAAUACACAUCAAUAUAUAUGCAUUGGUUAAAAAGUUUUAUUAAUUAUUUUAUUUUCACAGCAUAUUAUUUCCAUUAAACACAAGGACCCAUAUAGGGUACAGUAAUCAUCGCAUGAUGUUUGUAGCAUAGAGGGUUGCUUGACUGAGGGAGGCUGUUCUCUUGACGCUGUGGGGUAGCCUUUGACCCUUGUGUAGAGCAUUGAAAAGGAGAAAAAUUCAGGACCCCUUCAAAGAUGGUGCCGGUGUUCACAGAGAAGACUAAAAAAAAGACAGAAUUAAGCACCCUUUCACAGCAGAUCUGAAGGUUAGUGCAAAUGUGAACCUUUAAGUAUGGUAUGAAAUGGAAUAUGAGUUAAGAGGGGUAGGGUGUCAACUUUGUUCUCUGUGGGCCGUCAUCUUGCGGCUGUGGAUGAUGUCACAGACAGACAGUGGUCAUUCAGUCCAUCGGUAGGUUAUAAUUAUCACAUAGGAGUGAUACUGAAAGCCAGCAGCUGCUCUUAGCAGCCAUGCAACUUUGGCAGGUUGUAGCAGACACAUUACAUCCUCACAUUGCAUUUCUGAAACAUAGUAGGCUUCGGUUCUCCACCCUCUGCAUUUUUACAGGCUUGGGACCGGCUAUAUCACACACUGAAUGAGAUACAGGCUUGAUGGGGAGGAGUGGCGGGUCUGUGUUACUUUUGUGGAUCUCUGGAGGGUGCUCCACAUCACACACUACAAUGUAGCAUGUGGGAGAAUCAUCGGCUACGGACGUAACGUCAAUUGCUGUAUUAGCCCAUUGGAAAUGACUAAUAGGAAGCAGCAGCGAGAUGACGCACCCAUACAAAUUAUUUGCAUUGAGGUACUCUAAGAAAGUAGUCGGCUUCGAUGCACCAUAUGUCUCUGGUGCAUAGUCGGUAGCUACACAAUGUCGCUUGAUCCGCCGUGCUACACCGUCUUGAAUACCCACCUCCACGAACCGUACAUAUCAUAAUCUGUUAGCAAUCAAAGUUUUACCCCUGUAGUGCCGAGCAUAGCAUCAAACGCAAACCCAGGAAAUGAAAUGUAUUAUGAGGGGUCUAGUCUGUACGUAUCCAAACACAGACUGCAGAAAUUUUCGAGAAAAAAAGUGAGGAUUAGAACAUCAGUCUUCAGUACAAGUCAUCAUAAUCAAGUGGUGCACUGAAACUUGUCCCACACCAUUUAACCAUGGUUACUGUCUGCCUCGGAAAUCUUAGUCUCUGUGACGACAUUAUAGAAUCCAUCAAUGGAUGGAAGACUAGUCUUAUCCAAUUUACCCCAUGCAUCAAUGUAAUCAUAGGGGAAGACAUCCUUGCAGGUAACCAACAAAAUAUCAUUAGGUGAGACAAAUUCAGCGGUGCUAACCAACUAGUCUGCAGGUAAAAACUUGGCGAGAGAAGCGAGACUGCUACUCAUGAAGUGGAGUUGGUUUACAAAUUGUAUACUGAAUUUAUCAUACAGCAUCAUGGAAAAUGUAAUUAGUUUUACCUUAGAUUUAGGGAUGAUAAAUAUGUCCUUGAUAUCAUAUCUCAGUUUUCUGAUAACAAAGUUCUGGUUGUAUGCCAGGUUGGAAGAACACAACAAACUUUUCACCUUGCAUCUGAGAAGGUUACAUACAAUCAUUACAUGCAGCCCCCAGAUGACGUGAUUGUGAUCACUAACUUUCUUCACAGUACCUCUAAACUUUCCAUCACUGUAACAACACCUAACUUCUUCCAGAAAAGCAGUGUUCUGUGCAAGCGAUAGUGGAGUCAUGGAAAAAAAUAUGUAGAAAAUAGUCUUUGCAUGUCCCUCCUGAAUUCGACAAUGCAAGAAAUGAACUUGUCUUCUACAACACAACCUCUACACACUUCAGGAUGUGAUGGAAGUGAAGAAGUUAGGUUUUCAGGAGUGAUGGUGUUAUUGGCUUUCACUUAAAUACAGUAACUAUAGUCCUUAUGUUUUUGGUACUGUAAGUGUUACGACUCAACAGGAUUUGAAUAACAUAUAUGGAUUUUAUCGAGCAUAGCCCCAAAAUCACAAUAAACAACAAUAGAAAUCUUAUCACAAUGGUGGUAAUUUUUGAAUCGGAGAACAGGUUGCAGCUGCAGCAUCUACAUGUGAACCGCAGCAUGUUUUUUACGGAGUGCGCAGUGUUUUUCAAAACACGGAAGACCAGGGAGCCCACGAACCCUAUCAUUUUCAUAGAAAUGCUUGAAGCAUUGUUUGCAUACGUAAAUUUGAUGUUUGUGUGUAGUGAGUUGGUAACACACCAAGACAUAAAAACAAGUAAUUAAUGUAAAAUGGAACGAACUGUCAUUGACUAAUAGCAGAAGAUCAAAGUGGUGUUCUUGUUCUUCUUAAGUGACUCAUGCUGGUACAAUAUUCAGGUUCUCAUCAAUACUGUAGAUGUUGACGGAGACACAGAAAUUUGCCUCUCAAACUGAGGGUUCUGACGAAGUGGAGUUGGGAAAUCAAUGUUAUCGAAGUUGAACUUCACCUACAGAUCAUGAUAGCGCUGGUUGACUCGCUCAUGGUUCUAACCUUGCACGAACUCUUCCAGGUUAGUCCACUUGAAGCACGUGUGGUCAUAAUGUUCUGUGGUCACUGCAAACUUAUCUUUAAUGGAGGUAGGUAACUUUUGUAUGAGAUAGCACGAAGUGGGUCAAGCUUAUUUAUGUGCAGCUGGUGGUUCUACAUGACAGACAAGGUCAUUCAGAGCUCUUCCCCAUGUUGUCUUCCUCCUCCUUGCAAAUCUUGGAGAUGGACUUGGCAGCAGUGUAGAAGAGAACAUUUGCAGUUUUGAAGGCCCUCUUGUCUUGUCUUUGCUUAUCUCCAUUGGCUUUUCGUAGUCACUCUGAAGCACAAUAUUGUACUUGAGCGGACAGUUCCCCUCAAUUUCAUCCACAAGUUGACUUCAGGUUAGCUUUCGUCAAAUGGAAAUACAUGCAUAUAUCCUUGGCAGAACUGGAGUUGUUUUCUGCCACAUGUCUUUAAAUUAUCUCGAAACCAAACUUCGGCAGUGAUGAAGUCUGUCCAGUCACCACACUGGUUUUGGUGGUUGAAGUGUGUGUCUUUAAGGGUUGUGGCAGUCUUAAUUGCUACCAUCCUAUGCUUUUCAGUCUGAGAUAGAGCAGGUCCGUUGCAAGCCUUGUUACAAGCCUUGACAUGGGCUCUCAAAUUGUCAGCCUGGGAGAACUCCUUAGCACAGUACUCGCAAGAAUGUACUUUGUGGUUAAGGUUCCUUGCACAGGUCGACUUAUGUCAUCCAACAUGGUGGGCGUGCUCAAAUGUUCUGUAGCAGAAGACACAAUGGUUGCCAGCAGUUGUAGGAGCAGCAUCGGUAAAUUAAGCAAGAUGCUCCUGCAUCUUGUUGCUGAGGGAAACAGGUGGCACUGUUGGAGUUUCUGCUGCAGGUUGUCAGUACACUGAUAUUUGUGACGGUAGCAGUUGUGGCUCAGUGAAAACAUGGCAGGGAAGAAACAACAUUUCUGCAUUUAGAUGCCAUCUCUUGAUCUUUGCCUGGAUCCAAUGGAGUAGCCUUGACGUGUGGUUCAACAGGAAGGAAAUACAAGUUAUAGCAACAUGUCUAAGAAUGAAAGGCAUAACAUUAACUAACCUAGCAUUCAGCUAUGUGUUAAAAACAUAAUUACUUAUAGGCAACAGUAUUUAUUUUAAAGUGUAGAAAAAUACUGCUUGUGCAAAUGUGUAGAUUAGAAAAAAUAUUAUGUGUGUACUGGGAAUAAAAUAAAACCUGAUUUAUACGAAGUACUAAUUGGGACUUGAACCCAGACCAUGCGGUGUCUAGUCAAUGCAGUUUUCUCACACAGAAUGGGAAACUAUAUUUUGAGAAAGAAUUUAAAUUUUUUUAUAUGUAAUGUACUAGUCAGGUUUCAAACCUGGGGGGCUGUGGGGCGACUAGUCUGCGCGAAGCAUGCCCUGUUAGAAAAAUGUUCUAAAACAGUUGUAUGUUUAAAAUUACCUUAAAAACUAACAAAUAUGUGUACGACAUAUGAGUUGUAAUGUAGAGAAAUAUAAUUGAAACUUGUGAGGGUUAAAAUAUUUAGAGUAAACAAAAUAAAUAUUCUACUGGGAAACAACUGCAUAUAGUUGCAGGUGAGACUCUUUAGUACAAGUCCAACUAAAAUGCCUACACAGCAACGUAACGCAAGCUCACACAGUGCUAGGUUAGGAAACCACUUAAUACGUACAUCUAAGAGGCUUCUAGUCAUAUUUCAAACAAUAACGUUUGUGAGUAAUUACAAAGGAAUAUGUCUUCUUAAUGUGUCCCACAUAACCCUCAAGGCAUCCUAAAAUAGCAGAAAUUUUAAUUAUAUUAACUUUGAGAUCGUUUAUAAAAAUAUUAAAUGCAAUAAUAAACUGACUAGUAACUAAAAUAUGAUUAACAAAACAUAAUUAAAUAAUUGUGAUUGUAUAAUAACAUGGAAACAUAUGUAAUGGCAGGUACGUAACUAUGGGAGGGCAGAUGGGCCAUGUACCCCGGGCACCGUAUUUUGGAGGGAGAUAAACUGGCUGAGUAAUUUUUACUAAAGAUAUUUACUUAAAUAUCGUAGUUUUAAAAUACAAUAAAAAAAAUGUUGGAAGACAGAUUUACUGAAUUAUUAUUUGUAUUGAAAGAUACACGCUUGUAUAUAGUCAAAUAUAUAAAAGAUGAUAUUUUUCACAUACCAUCCAACUUGCAAUGGUACAGUGGUACAUACCACUAAAUUAUGGUACAAACACCUUCUAGAUUGCACGUCUGGCCGCGCUGCCGUGGGAACCAUGGAGGGAACCCCCGCCCAACCUCGGGGAGUCGCGACUGUCACCACAACCAGCAGGGUCAUUGCCCGGGAAUAUCUUCAGUUUUGCCAAGAAGAGCUAUAAAAUGUAAAAAAACAUUAUAAGCUUUCCAGUAUUCAUCCUUAUCAUUUUGGCUUACUGUCAAAGACGUGAAGAAAGAAAGGAAGUUGUUGAUUAACUAAAUUGAAUACCUUAUAUAAAAUUGUUUUGACUAAGGCCACAUUUAGGUGUAAUACUUAACAUUACACAACAUUUUAGUGUCCACAGGCAAUCAAAGGACACCUACAGUUUGCUGCGUGUGUCUGUACUAGUUAUAGUAUUAUUGGUUUGUGGGUAUUUCCAAAAAAACAUCCUUGGAGAAGUGGUGCAUUUAUCGUACCUGCUUGUAUUUUUAUCAUUUAGCAGACUUCAUUCAGAGGGAAGAAGGUUUACUAUUAAAACCCAUGGCUACUUGAUAGAUAUAGCAAUAGUCUAGAAAAACCAUGUUAGUUGCAAGGAUAUAAAAUAUUUUAAUGGGAAUUGUGAAAAGAUAUAACAACCUAUAACAGAAUAAACAAAACCCAUAAAAUAAGUCAGUUUUGCUGCUUGUGAUUCACCUUUAUGUAUCUUAAAACAAAAUACUCUAAUAAUAAUUCAGUCUUUGAUUAUACCAAUAAAAGAUCGGAUUAUGACUAAACUAAGGCUAGGGUCAAACCAGUUUAAAAUGAAUAGUUUAUUUGGUUUCCUCAAUGGAGCUUCUUGGCCGAAGGGAUCUGGCCUGCGAUGUAUCCUGAUGUGUAUUUGGUUGAGAAGGUUCUCAAAUGAAGAAGAUUUAGGUAGGUUUGCCAAAUGGUGGGGUUUCCAAUCUCCCUUCAAUUCCUGGGAGGCAAAUGCUGAAAUUGAGAGAUUCUACAAAACACUUUCUGAUUCUCUUGAUAUCACAAUUGCCACCACCCUAUAUGGCUAUAGUAUUAUUGUAAUGGAGAGCAAGAUGAAAUUUCAAAAUGGUGAUCAGUAGUAUAUAUUUCUACCAUCAUAAUCCCUCUCCCCACCACAAUUAAUUUAAAUAUCCUCAUGCCACCAUUCUGUAUGCUAAUGAAUGUAGUAUAAGUGGAAUUGGGGAGCAGGAUGAAAUUUCAAAAAUGGCGAAUGAGGCCAAAGUCAAAUUUGAAAACAUUACAAAGUUAAAUUUGAGUAGGCCAACUAAGAUUACAGUUGGGAUAGGGGCGCUCGGUGGUGAUGGCCAUAAUGAAAAGCUCAAUGUUAAGGAGUGCUUUAAUGUGUUGGCUGCAAGAAGUCAAGUUCAAGGUCAUUUACAAUGGUCAAUGAGGUUUAAGUCAUCCAAUAUGGCAGCCGCCAAUCCCUAAAUCCCCACCCACAACCUGGUGGCCCAAUAAUACACGUAAUAUCCUACGUUGACAUACAAAUCUAUGUUUAUUUGCAAACAUCAAUGUGUAAUUAAUUGUACAUUCUCCAUUGAUGAUGGACAACUUGAAGCAUAUUUGUUAACAUUUGCACAUUAUUCAACAUUUAUUCACCAAAAUUUGUGUAAUUCAAGGAACAUUUACCAAUAUCAACAUGCACUUUGACACACUUUUGCAAACAAAGACAUAUAAUUUGAUCUACAUUUAUCAUAUUGUACUAUCCCGAGCAGCUUGGAAAAUGUAUACAGUUCAUCCUUGCUUGAAGGUAGUGUGGAGGUGUGAUAAUUAAGUGCAAUUACACAAUAUGACAAUUCAUGCUGGUAGUGAGGUCGUUUUAUUGAACAGUUCUUUAUACAACAUCACUUAGAUACAUCGUACGUAUUGCUGCGGACUUAUACACAUUCAGACGAGAGUUCACACAGUGUACGAACGUCGCACACUGCCUGGGAUGCGUUACAGCAAUUCCCCUAUGGUCCACCCGGUUCCCGGAUUAAACACCUUUAAUGAGAUGUCUUACCAUGAUUCCCCUAGUGGCUGCUGCCCGGCACUGCCGGAAAAACUCUGACAGACUAGUCGAUGAGCUCUCUUAUAUAGGCUGCACAGGAGUGCCCCUUGUCCCUUACUUGAGGGCCAUGUGACCAAGAGUGUGUGUGCAACUCUUCCCAGGGUUUGUGUGCAACGACUCCCACCAAGUUCCACUGAUACUUCCCCUGCCUCGUGAGGGGAGUUGACCCUUGUCCUCUGCGGUGUUACGUUCUGUCUUUACAAGCUCUUAUGGAGAUACAGUAUGAUAUUACAAGAUACAUUACAAGAUACAUUCUGAUAUUACACCUCGCCCCCUAUAAAAAGAAACAAAUUAGUAACAAUAAUUUGCUUUCAGUUUUACAGGUAGAGACCUCCCGCACUGUUCAUCACAUCAUUUGAAUUUCAUCGAUAGGUCUUCUUUCAUUCGCCCGUCGAGAAAUGCUCGCAGUUUGUGUGAUGAGAAAUUAAUAAUAAAAAAUAAUAACGUCGAUUAAGUUCUUCAGUAAAAUCUUACUGUAAGCUGUAAUCAUACAAAAAUCAGUAGGGCCUCAAAUACGGAUGCAACUGGCGAAAAACCGCGAGCCGCCGAAACGCGGCCUCGUCUGGCAGCGAUCGCCCGACGACUACUAAUGAACUCAUGACACGUCUCCUCCACGCAGGGAGUAGACGUCACAUGACCUCACCGACCAAUCACAUGCACGCUUCAUUCACGCUUACAGAUACAAGCCAAUCACAGAACAAGUUACAAUACAUGAAAAAACCUUGUACAUACAGAACUCUGGGCUUCCCUUGAUCUGUCUCUUUUCAAUUUCCCAUCAAAAUCGGGGACUCCCAUUCUCGUUCUCUCUCCCACACUGUGAGACAGCAGUUAUCACACAUUUCCCACGCAGUGGGGGAAUUCCCGUCUUUAUCUCGGUUGGCGGGGAAGCACUGUUUCUUUCUCACUCAUACUUACAGGCCUCUUAUGCCUCUCUUUCUACACAUCACCCCAGCCCAGACACAGUCCCGUGAUCUAUAAUUAUAUUGCAACACGUUAAUUAAAAUUAAGAACAAUAAUCAUAAUACAAAUUACUUUACAAAAUUAAACUUAUUGAGAAAAACCUGAAAAAGUAGGCCUAAACAGGUAAAAUUCUACUACAGCGACUUCUUUGUGAAUAAUUACAUAAAAAAUAGUACUGAUUGAAAACGUCUCUUAAAAUACAAGGUACAUUCUUAAAACAUUCAGCAAGUGAAAAUAACAUAUAUUAAUAGCCAUAAUGUCUGAUUAUACUGUUUCAUAACAUAUAUACCACUCUAAAAACAUUGACUUAUUUAUAUUUACCUAUACAAAAA